AUGUCGUCUCCAAUCAGAGAUCCCGAUGAAGUACGGCGGUCGGCUCGUAUUGCGUCCACCCAGAUCCUCGUGGCUUCCGUCCUUGGGUCCAUGGCGUUCCUAGCCUUCUGUGCUUUGCGGGUCAGGUACCCCAAAAUCUACGUGGCAAAUUUCAACCAUUUAAAUCGAAGUCAUCACAGUCUUUCCAGACGUCAUCUUCCUAGUCUUCCAGCAAAAUCUCUCUUUGGAUGGAUUUCAGUGGUGUUUCGGGUCACAGAAGCUCAGGUGCUCGAACACGCCGGGUUAGAUGCUGUGGUAUUUUUGUCAUUUUUCAAAAUGUGCAUCAAACUUUUGGCAGUGUGUGUUCUGUUUUCUCUCUGUAUCAUUUCGCCCAUUCGCUACCGUUAUACUGGGUAUAUCGACGGACCCGAUGACCACAAGAAGAAGCAGAGUAUCCACGUCUACGUGUUGUGGACAUAUACUCUUUUCACCUACGUUUUCACGUUGGUAGCAACCUACUUUCUUUUCAACCAUACCCUCCAUGUCAUUACUAUGCGCCAGAAUUACUUGGGAAAGCAAGAUUCGAUUGCCGAUCGAACUGUCAAGCUCUCGGGAAUCCCUGCCACGUUGCGAGACGAGCUGGAAUUGAAGAAACAUUUCCAUACCUUGGGAAUGGGCGAAAUCGAUUCCAUCGUAGUGGUACGAGAAUGGAACAACUUGAACGGUCUUUUCAAGUUGCGCCGACGCAUUUUGUCCAGAUUGGAGUCCUACUGGGUAGAAUACCUCCGUGCAAAUGGUUACAGCACUUCAGACGUUAACAACUUUCGCCCGAGCGUGGGGGCCCUGUACAAUAUGGAAAACGGAGUGGAGUCGUAUCGUGAUGUUCCAGAUACCCAAAGCUCGAUAAACUCGCCAACCUCGGAUUCCCGCUCGGUUUCGCCUCAGUCCGUCCAUGGAUCUGUCAUAGACCGCAUCGUUGAAGCUUCUGGACUGUCACCGUUUGACGAUCUUGAUCAUCGUCCAAAAACCCGCACCGGUUUCUUGGGAAUUUUUGGACCGAAAACGGAUGCUAUUGACCACUACACCCAGCAGCUUCUGGUCAUCGACAAGGAGAUAUCUCGGGCUCGAACUCGCGAGCACCCAGGAUCUUCAACGGCUUUUAUUACCAUGAAAUCUGUGGCACAAGCUCAGAUGGUAGCACAGGCGGUUUUGGAUCCAAAAGUGAACCACCUUAUAACCAACCUCGCGCCAGCUCCUCAUGACAUUAUUUGGGACAAUCUUUGCUUGACUCGCAAAGAAAGAAACGCUCGUAUUUUCUUUGUGACUUUGAGCAUCACAUUGCUCAGUAUUGUGUUAGUGAAGCCAGUCACCGACCUCACCAAAAUUUUGAGUAUUAGUUACAUUUCCAAUGCUUGGCCGUCGCUUGGUGCUUUCUUAGAUGCACACCGGUGGGCAGAAACGUUGAUAACUGGUCUUUUGCCCACAUAUCUUUUCACCAUCAUGAAUAUGGUAAUUCCUUAUUUUUACAUUUGGAUUACGUCCAAGCAAGGAUACACUUCCCACAGUGACGAAGAGCUCUCGGUCAUAUCCAAGAACUUUUUUUACAUCUUUGUAAACUUGUUCUUGGUGUUCACAAUGGCAGGAACCGCCUCGUUGAGUGAUGGAAAGAUAGCCAAUCAUUUGGCACAAUCGGUUCAGAAACUAUCAUUAUUCUAUGUUGAUUUGAUCAUCUUACAAGGUUUGGGUAUCUUUCCUUACAAACUUCUCUUGAUGGGUAACUUAUUGCGGUUUUCUUUCCGGUCUUUAUUCUGGUGCAAAACUCCUCGAGACUUGCUAAAAUUAUACCAGCCUCCAGUCUUCAAUUUUGGACUUCAGUUACCCCAGCCGAUUUUAAUAUUGAUAGUGACGAUUGUGUACUCUGUCAUGUCCACCAAGAUCCUUUCGGCUGGCCUUCUUUACUUCUUGAUUGGUUACUUUGUCUACAAGUACCAAUUGCUCUACGCCUGUGUUCAUCCACCUCAUUCCACAGGAAAAGUUUGGCCCUUGAUUUUCAGACGGUUUAUUCUCGGGCUCUUGAUAUUUCAGUUGACCAUGGUGGGCACUUUUGCGUUGCAGAAAGCAUACUAUUGUGCAACAUGCUUGGCUCCGUUACCGCUCGUCACCAUGGCAUGCUUAUGGAACUACCAACAGAACUAUAUUUCAUUAUCAUUAUUUAUUGCUCUUCGCUCGAUUGAAAACGGCCACACCGAGACUGAAGAUGCCGAGACGGUGGUAGGAACCACCAAGUAUGCCACCGUUGACGAGCAGCGUGAAUUCAACACCACAUACGAGUAUCCUCGUCUUAUAGAUAAUCUUGAUGGGCCAUUGAUUGCCGUUGAUAGAAACGAGAUGCUUUUGAUCAACUCCGAUGGGAUCUUGGAGCGCAAGCCGCAAAUCCAUGUUUCUGAAUGGGACUAG